UCUUUGCUUGCUUGCCAGCCGUCCGUAAUCGCUCCUUGCUGCAUCGAGGGCCAAGGUUUUAAAGAAAUGGAAGUAAUGAUUAAAAUUUAGAGUACAGUUAUUACUUUACGUGUUUGAAAAAGUAAAUGGUGAAUCGUUUAUGUUGAAUAUCGUUUGAAGUAGUGUUCGUGAGGAUAUGGCUUCGACCGGCAGUACACCAUUUCCUAAAUGGCAACUAGCCAUUCUACUCGGUGCACCUUUGGCCAUUGGCUUAGGUUACCUUUAUCUAAGAAAUAGAUUAGAAGACCCAGAAAAGAAAAAAGUAGCUGAUUUAAAGGCCAAGACUACUAUUUCAUUGGAUAAUGAAGAAAAUAAUGCCAAAACUUCGGAAAAUGCCAUCGACCGUGCUAUGAAGUUGAAAGGUGCCGGAAACCGUGCCUUCCAUGCUGGUGAAUACGAUAAAGCUAUCUCUCUGUACAAUGAAGCUAUUGAAGCUUGCCCACCGGACCGUCCAGUGGAUCUGGCCACAUUCUAUCAGAAUCGAUCUGCCUGCUAUGAGAAAAGAGAAAUGUGGGAACAGGUAAAAGAGGAUUGCACCUUUGCGCUUAAGUUGAAUGAGAAAUAUGUUAAAGCCUUCCUGCGUCGCUCACGUGCAGCCGAAAAGAGUGGUGAUCUGGUUCUUGCCUUGGAAGAUGUAACUUCGGCAUGUAUUCUGGAGAGAUUCCAGGUCCAGAGUUCUCUAGUCAACGCGGAUCGCAUCCUCAAAGCUCUGGGUCGGCAACACGCCCGCGAAGCGCUGGCGAGACGGCACCCGGUCAUGCCCUCUAAGCAUUUCAUUAAAACAUACUUUUCAGCAUUUUCUGAGGAUCCCAUUACUAAAAUUCAAUUGGAAGAGAAGGCUACUGGUGGAUUUUCUAAAGCUAAACAUGCUCUUGAUGCUCAGGACUAUGAUUCUAUUGUUGAUGCUUGCACUGAAGAGCUGGAAGCUAAUGGAAAGUAUAAAAAUGAAGCUUUACUCCUACGCGCUACUUUCUAUCUGCUGCUUGGACGCCACGAUGAAGCUCAGGCUGAUUUGGUCAAAGUAAUAGACAGUGAUGCAUCAGUCAAAGUGAAGGUGAAUGCACUGAUUAAGCGUGCAUCCCUGUACACCCAGCUGGAGAACACAGAACGUUGCUUGGAAGAUUUUGCACGAGCUGCCCAAUUAGACCCAAACAAUUCUGACAUCUACCACCACCGAGGUCAAGUGUAUUUGUUAUUGGAGCGCAUGGAUGAAGCAACUGCUGAAUUUGCAAAAGCAGUUGAAUUAAAUCCUGACUUUUCCAUCGCCUAUAUUCAGAAAUGUUAUGCUGACUAUAGGCAUGCUCAGAUAAACAAGAAUGUUGGUGCAUUAAACCAGGUGCGAGCAGACUUCGAGCACGCCCUGGAGAGGUUCCCGCGGUGUGCCGAGGCCUACAUCCUGUUUGCUCAAGUUCUGUCUGACCAGCAAGAAUGGGGCCGUGCUGAAGCACUGUUUGAUUCUGCAUUGGCAGUAGAUCCAAACAAUGCUACACUGUAUGUCCACAAAGGAUUGGUACAACUACAGAAGAAUACAGACUUUGAAAAAGCAGUUAAACUUAUUAACAAAGCUAUUGAAAUGGAUGACAAAUGUGAUUUUGCAUAUGAAACACUUGGCACCAUAGAAGUACAGAGGGGAAACUUGAGGCGGUCGCUUGAACUGUUUGAGAAAGCUAUAGCUUUAGCUAAAACGGAACUAGAGAUGACACACUUGUUCUCUCUUAAAGACGCAGCAGCUGCACAACUGAAGGUGUCAGAGCGCUGGGGCCUGGACUGGACUGUCAGCUAGGCGUUCGCCCCUCAUUGCAAGUCACAUUCAACGAGAAUAAUAUCUGGAGUACUCUUUAAACGUCCAAGAAACUAAACAUUUGUUUAUAAAUCAGAUGUCUCAAUUUACAUUCUUAUCUUAUUAAAUUGACUUAAGUGUUUAUCAAUUCUUUUAAAAUAAUUAAUAUAUUACUGUGUUGCAUAGUUUCAUAACUGAUGGUAAUAACUCAGGGAGCCAGAUACUAUUCCCGUUGCUUGAUGGGUACUAGCCGCCGCCGACCGGCCCUGAGCGUUGUUACGGUGACAACUAGUGGUGAUAGCAUUACUGAGCUGUCCUUCCUUAGUAGUGUUGUAUUUAUUAGUAAAACAUAAAAUUUUUGUCAAAUUCACAUUGCACAUGUAAAUGACAGUACACUAAUUAAAUGCUUUUCUAAAAGUUUUUAUUCAUAGAAUAAAUCAAAUACAUAUUAAUAAAUUUUUUUAAGUGAUUUUAGGUACAUGCACUUUUUAUUUGUCUAGUGGAAAGGAAAUAAUAUAACGACAUAAUUUAUUUUUUAACGACCUUUUGAAAUUCUUUUUGGUUUGGUACUGCUGUGGUUACUCUUGUUUUUUUGUAAAUCUUUGUUUCCAUUUCUCUGCAUUCAUUCAUCAUUAAUGUGGUCUGUACACUAGGGCAAUACUUUAAAAGUACCUUAACAAACUCUGGCAUAUUUUACAUGUCUGUGUGUAAUAAUGUGGGUGUCUUUUAUUAAUUUUUCUGAAUUUUUAUAUUUCUGGACCCACUACAUUAAACAGGUAUUUUAAAAAUAUCUAUUAAACAAAUUAUUAUUGUAGCUAUGAUUGGUUGAUAAUAAAUAAUAGCUACGAGAGUGGGAUAUGUUCUAUUAGGGUAGGCUGCCUCUAAAAUUGUCUGUUGAAUCGAAAAUACUUGAUGUAAGCGGUAGCUAGCACAUUAUAUAAAUAAAAAUGUUUUCCUUUAUUGAUAUAAUAAAUUGUAAAAAUCCUAUUGCAUUUAUAGGUUUUAAAAGAAAUGUGAAA